GAGACAUGGAUCAGGCACUGGAAAGGCUGGAAUUUAGUAUGAGGAAGUGUGACUUGUCAAGUCCAUGUAGGAUCAGUGUGUUGCUGCCGGUAAAGACAAGAUGAUGACAGAUGAACUAGGAUCCUAUAUCUGAGAUCAAAGUUCUCCUCUUUUCAUCAUUACAGACUCUGGAUGAAGAGCGAUGGCUCCAUCGGAGGAGGGUCUGAUCACCUGGUUAUCAAGCUUUUCUUCCUCCCUUCAGAUCAGCAUUGUGUCAGCCCUCUUCAUCAUCAUUUAUGUCACACUCCACAGCCUUUGUGCAAGCUGUUACAAUUUGUCCGAUAGUGAACCCUCCAGGCAUUUGGAUAGGAGAGAUAAUACAAAUAUCCCAUCGGCAGUUCCUCAAAACAUAGCUUUGCCGCAGAGUGCCGAAUGCAUGCCAUCUGCCACAGAUCGAGCUGAUCAUACAUUACCCAUCCUGGAGGCUGAACUGAAUGAGGAAAAUCCUUAUGAAUGCAUCAGUGAGCCUCCAUUACAGCCUGACAACGCUGAAGAGCAGAAUAAGAGCCCUUCCCCAGCAAUGACAAAGCCUGAUGAUAAUCACUCCAUCUCAGCCUUCAGCAGACCAGUAAACAAGCCUCUCACUUCAGCUGACAGCCAGAGACACUCACAGCCCAGUGCUGUUUACGCCUCAGUCAACUGGAAAACCAAAAGCCAGAAGAGCAUUACACCUCGGUGUUAUGCAGAUACUGAGCUCGAUAUGAGGGAAACUGUUAGGGAGGCUCUUCCUCCCAUUCCAGACAAACAUUUCUAGUUUUAAUAGAUUAAUUUGAAAUUAAAUUUUUUAAGAUACACAUUUUGCAUAAAGACAUACACAAAUAAUGUAUUUAAUGCUUAUCUGAAACAUUUGGAAUAAUAAAUAUAUCUGUUCCAACAAGACCCAACGAUGUAAAACUGUUUAAAGGAAGCCAAGCGUGUCUGGGUUAUUGUAGGUCAGCGUGAGUCACAUGACAUGAUGCCUCGAGCCAAUACCCAGACUGGAUUGAGAGACUGAAACCCAACAUGCUUGUGCUGUCCAGACGACCUAAAAUCCCCUUUUGGAGGAUGAAGUCCGUCCGCCACGGCUGCCGACAGAAGAAAGCUUAUAAUCCCCAGACAUCAUUACAUGAUGAGCGGUUUCUUCUAAAUCUCUGUUUGCAAAUAGACAAAGCUGAAUAUUUAGCAAAUGGAGCAAACAAUGUAGGUGAAAGGUGAUACACCAGUGCAAACUGCAGAUCGCUGACUAAACUGCACUUUUCACUGUACAUGACAAGUGUUAUGCAUUCAUUCUGCAGUGCAUACUUUUUGUUGUCAUAUAUUUAUUGUUUGUUUAUGAAUUUGGACUGAUUUAAGAUAAAUGCUGAUAGGGGAGAGCGGGCACACAGUAACACUUUUUAGUUUUGGUCAGAUAAUAAACAAAGUAUUGGGGUUAGACAAACCAUUAGUUUUUUACCAACAAAGCACAAGCCUCUCCUACAAAUGAGCAUUGAAAGUAUGAUCGCCGGACCUAUGGUUUCUGUGCAGUAUUGCCAAAAGUGCCAGGAGUAAAAAUGUUACAAUUUACCCCACCUGCGGGGCAAGUUGUAACAGACAGGGGGUUAGUUGUAACACAUGCUUAAAAAGGCAGAUUACACACAGUUAAUUUAUAUUUAGUUUAUUUUAAAUAUUAGCUAUAUUUUCUCUGUUCCUAGCUCAAUUUAUUGUUUAUUCUACAUAACACAGUAUGUUUAUUUAUCUAUUGGAUAAACGCAUUUGGAUUUAUUUGGAUUGUUAUCCAUUAUUAUACAAUGCAUUUAUUUUUGUAGUAUUAGCAAUAAAAAUAUUUUUUGUCAAUCAAAAAAAAAAACAAUUCUAUUUAAAAUCAUUUUAUUUAAAAAGUUCUCAACAUUACACUCAAAAUUAAAAAAUAUUGUGUUAGUUUAAUUGGUGUUCAACAAUGUGUGGCUUAAUUGUAACACCCUGUUACAACUAACCCUGCUGUUUUCUUCAAAACAGGCUGGCAGUCAGUCACUGUGUUUUUUUACAUCUUUCAAAAUGGUUUCAUCUUUUAGCAUAGAAGAUGGUGAUCACAACAAUAUAAGAUUUCACAUUCAUACUUUCACAGAUUUUUUUAAAAUAAAAAAUAUUGGACUAUAAUAAAAAAUACUUUUAUGCUGCAAAAAUGGUUUCUCCUGUGUUUCUCAUCUGAAUUCUGCCGAACUUUUUUAAUAAAUGACAGGAAGACGUCUGCCAACACUGUGGUGAAAACCUCUGAAGCGUGCCACGGUUAACCCCGAGCAAAUACCUUAAAAUUCUGUGUUACAUUUAACCCCGCGUUACUUUGUGCCCCGCGCUCCCCUAUUUGUAAAUAUAAUUUUCUAUUUAAUUCAUAAAGUUCAUCUAUCUAUCUAUCUAUCUAUCUAUCUAUCUAUCUAUCUAUCUAUCUAUCUAUCUAUCUAUC